CUAGGUACUUAUGCAGGCCAACUUUGAUGAAUCUUCCAUACUGCCAGGGGGCAGGCAGUGCUCCUUAGAGAAGCCUUGAAAAGAACGAGUCGGGGCCGAGGAUUCCUCUGAGCAGCACGUGGGACGAAGACGAGAGCUGGUCGCCUACCCCAUCCAUGCCUCGCCCUGUGGCCCGUGGGAUCGUCAUGCAGAUAUGGGUAGUAGUAUGAGCCUGCAUGAAGCAGCCACGCUGCUGCCUGCCAAGGCCGGGCUAUCUGGCCAGGCUGACUGGCGCAGUAAUUGCAGAAGGGCGACCCCACCCUGCUUCUUCCAUCAGGCGUGCCUCCUCCUCAGAGAGCCUUGCGUCCGUUCACUUUCGAUUGUCCCCUCCCGCUCCUCGUCGUCUUUAUCAUGUAUGCUCGUCUUCGGACGCUGACGUUCCCCGCUGGCUCGCCGCGAUGGCGUCCGAGAUGCUGAGUGCCGAACAGGCAAACGAACAUCUCUUUGAAAAGCUUAUCGAAAGCCUCCGAGAGACAGGAAUUCUAAGUUCCCACCACGCUAGCUCUUCCUUCGUCGUGUACGCCCACGAUUCUACCCUAUCUCUCGAUGCUGCACAACCUGCACAUGCGACCACUGCGAAAUGGAUCAUCCGACAACUCCGGUCACUAUAUACUCGUACUCUGUCGGACAGGUACCCGGCACCCCUGUUCGAAAGUCGUGCGGACGACCAUGACUCAUGCCACAACAUUGUCGCCAACCAAGCUUGUCUCAUCCCCGGGUUUCAACGACUAGGCGGCAGUGGCCAGAUCGGCACGGUAGACAAGGCAAUAAUCUGCAUCUCGCCAAGGCUUCGCCUAUACCUGGGUACACAAUUCGCCAAGAGCUACAUCAAAUCCGUUCGUGCAAAGUGCUUGGAAUAUCAAAAUUGUCCGAGAGAGCAAAUCCAUGUCUCGAUGAGACGCCUAGUCGAGGAGUCCUGCGAGGAUCCCAACUUCCACCAUGUCCUCACCGAAGUCGGUCUGCUCACGGCGGAGAAGGACAAUGCUAGACAGACACCCCGGACAAUUCUUCUCACUUUCGAUUCUGGUCCCUCCGAAAUACCGUACUUCUCCAAAAGCGACCUCCAAAUCGUUUUCCCCACCCACGGCGUUUCGAAGUACGCUUCCUUCUUCAAGCUCCUCAGGCGGUUGUAUGAGAGAGAGGCAUCCAUUAUUGCAAUAUAUGAAGAAGCAUACAAAAAGAACGAAACAACGCAAGACACAGAAGAGGCGGCCUUCCGUGCCGGAGUGGCAGGAAUUCUCUACGGCAUACACAACGAAAUCCAUAUGUUGUCAGGACAUCACUCUCGGCAAGCAACAAACAAACACGUGACGACCAUCGACGUUGGACACGAAUUUCACAGCCUUGGGCAGCGGUUUGAGGAACAAAGCAGAGCACAACUUGCAGCCUUCGAGGCCCACGCAGACUUUAAUCGCCAAGCGCUCCUGAUGCUGGCCAAGCGUUCAAGCGACGUUGAGAGGCCUGCUGAUCUCACCCUCGAAACCAUGCAACGUCUGGUCGCACGCCAAGACGAACUCCAGAAUGGACUAGCGAAGAGGGACCAGAUGCAAGAACUGCUGUCCGCAUCAAUGCCUCCUACCGCGCCAUCGCGGUUUGAAUGCAAAUGUGUGCCGUACAAACAGACAGAAGCAUGGGAAGUACAGUUGGGCCUUUCCACAGUCUCACUGAUGCGAAAAAGAGACUUCCAACACCGUCCGCAGUGCAGGUACUUCAAGGCUGCAACACAUCGCCCCAAGACCAGCCAGUCUGCGAAAGCUCGAAUCACCUGGUUCAGCAAGGUCCUCGAUAUCGCGCUCACAGCUACUUACUUCCGCUGUCAAGGUGCAGGGGGUUUCAGUGUCAGUCCCAGACUUGCCUAUCAUUCGAUGGUCGACGAAAUGACAUCACCCUCCUUCAGAGUGCUAUAUACGCUCCAAUCAUACAUUGCAUAUGCCCGUGAUCGACCAAAAUCCUUCACCGAACCAUUAGCAGCCAAAGUUGUCGACUUAGCGCUGAACAAGCUACAAGAAAUAUUCCGGUGCCGUCGAGCUUCUCCUACCGACGUCAAUUCAUUCAACGAGACCCUACUACACAGAUUUGUCAAUCUUGUAAGAUGUCCUAUAUCGAGUUGACGAGAUAUCAGUCCUUACAUUUCAUUUUUGCGCCUCGUGUGGCGCAAUUUAUUAUGGCAACAUUAACGGCUUUCUGUAGUUUUUUUUGUGGAGCGAAAGUAGUAAUGAGGACACAGGGCUUAUCCUUGCAAGCGAGCUGAUCCGGACGCAUGGCGUCCCCGUGGCUCACCAGAACAAAAGAGGACGGUGGCCUUUACACAGCUAUUCGAUCGACUACCCCAGCAUUGGCUAUGACAAGGUCCAUCGGUUGUUGAUCCCUACCGAUGACGAGGAUGCGAAGAGCAGUGCAACGUUUGAUGCAUCAACCCUGAGAUCUUUGAUCGAAAACCUGGGCUCUGAACAGGUCUUUUGCAACAGUAAGCAAA